UGGUCUGCAGAGAGAGAGAAGCAGAUCAGCACCAACCACCAACAGCAGUUCCAGCCAAUCCUUCUGGGCCCCAACAUCUACUGCGAAAUGGCAAGUGCACUGAGAUCCUGGACUGUGCCGCUGGCUCUUGUUCUGUGCGUUAUAGUGUGUCUCAGCAGCCUGGCUGAAGCAUAUCCGCCCAAACCUGAACCUCCAGCGGGAGACGUGGGUCCGGAAGAGAUGGCCAAGUACCACACCGCUCUAAGACACUACAUCAACCUCAUCACACGACAGAGAUAUGGGAAGCGAUCCACCCCUGAAGCCGCUGUGGCUGAACUGCUGUUCGGCGAUGAUGAACAGGACAUCCGGCCCCGUGUGGAAGACUUGUUAUGGUGAUGUGACUCGUCUCUCCUCCUCCGGCUGGUGCAUUGGCUGCAGAAACCAACAUGAGCCAAACUCUCAUCAAAAUGAGGCUCCAAAAACACCUCAUAAUCUGUACAUCUCUCUCUGCCUCCUCCUCUCUCUUAUGUCCGCUCUCUCUCUCUCUCUCUCUCUCUCUCUCUCUCUCUCUCUCUCUAAUGAUUUAAUUUAUGCUUUGUGAAAGACAAUUGUAAAUAAUUUAUUAUUCGCUGACAAAAUUGACUAUAAUAAAAAUGACUGAAUGUUGAA